UGUUGCCUACGGCCACACUGGCGCUGUUCACAAAACAUUGCAAUCGCAUUUUCAAUUGGAUUAAAAUGAUGAUUUAAUUGCAAUCUGUGCACAUUUAAUUAGUCCCAGAACAACAUAAAAAGCUAGCGUAGCGAAAGCUGCUUUCGAACUGCACUUGUAGUUGUAGUUGUUGUUGUUGUUGUUGUAGUAGCACAAACUAAGCAACACACACGCCUUACGUGCCCGUACUGCAUCGGUUGGAACAAAUAGCGAGCGUUGCCACACCUCAAAAAUGGAUCGCAAGGCUGAACUGGAGCGCAAGAAGGCCAAAUUGGCAGCACUGCGCGAGGAGAAGGAUCGACGUCGCCGCGAAAAAGAGAUUAAAGACAUGGAAGAGGCAGCCGGACGCAUUGGCACCGGCACCGGCAUUGACAAGGAUCAGCGCAAAGAUUUGGAUGAAAUGCUGUCCUCGCUGGGCUUUGCGCCCGUCUCUGAGGUGCUCUCCUCGUUGUCUUCGGCCAAUUCGCUGACAUCCGAUAAUUCCAAUACACAAACGCCAGAUGUUAGCCUGCAGGCCAACGUCAACGGACAGGGCAGCGCCGGCAAGAAACAGCCACUGAAUCUGAGCGUUUACAACGUGCAGGCCACAAACAUUCCACCAAAGGAGACACUCGUCUAUACGAAACAAACACAGACCACCAGCACCGGCGGACACGAGCGUGAUGUUCUUUCUUGCCACUCAUCGCCUCUGUCAGGAUAUAUGGAGGACUGGUGGCGUCCACGUAAAGCUCAUGCUACGGAUUAUUAUGAUGAAUACAAUCUUAAUCCGGGUUUAGAGUGGGAGGAUGAAUUCACAGGAGACGACGAAGAGAGCUCGCUGCCCCAUCUGGAUCAUGGCUUUAGUUCCAAGCUGCCGCCUGGCUAUCUCACCCACGGACUGCCGACAGUCAAGGAUGUGGCCCCAGCCAUAACACCGCUCGAACAGAAGAAGGAGCAGGAGGAGAAGAAGGAGGUCAAGGAACUGUCGGAGGAGCAAAAGCAAAUGAUCAUAUUAUCGGAGGACUUUCAGAGAUUCGUAUUGCGUGCCGGACGCGUCAUUGAGCGCGCCCUCUCCGAGAACGUGGACAUCUAUACGGAUUACAUUGGAUGCGGCGACAACGAGGAGGCGAACGAUGAGCGCUCCCACGCCCGCCUAUCGCUGAAUCGUGUCUUCUAUGAUGAGCGCUGGUCAAAGAAUCGCUGCAUCACCAGCAUGGAUUGGUCAACGCAUUUUCCGGAACUGGUGGUCGCCUCCUAUCACAGCAACGACGAGAGCCCCAAUGAGCCGGACGGGGUCGUGAUGGUCUGGAAUACAAAAUUCAAGAAGCAAACACCGGAGGAUGUCUUCCACUGUCAGAGCGCCGUGAUGUCCACAUGCUUUGCCAAAUUCAAUCCCAAUUUAAUACUCGGCGGCACAUACUCUGGCCAGAUUGUGCUCUGGGAUAAUCGUGUCCAGAAACGCACGCCCAUACAGCGUACACCCCUGAGCGCUGCGGCGCACACACAUCCCGUCUAUUGUCUGCAAAUGGUGGGCACACAGAAUGCCCAUAAUGUCAUAUCGAUAUCGUCGGACGGCAAGCUGUGCUCCUGGUCGCUGGACAUGCUAUCGCAGCCGCAGGAUACGCUCGAGCUGCAGCAGCGCCAAUCGAAGGCGAUCGCCAUCACAUGCAUGGCCUUUCCGGCCAAUGAGAUCAACAGCCUGGUCAUGGGCAGCGAGGAUGGCUAUGUCUAUUCGGCAUCGCGGCACGGCCUGCGUUCGGGCGUGAACGAGGUAUUCGAACGGCAUUUGGGUCCCAUAACGGGCAUCUCAACGCAUUAUAAUCAAUCGUCACCGGACUUUGGUCAUCUGUUCCUAACCUCAUCGAUCGAUUGGACAAUUAAGCUGUGGUCCCUCAAGGACACCAAACCCUUGUAUUCGUUUGAGGAUAACUCCGACUAUGUCAUGGAUGUCGCCUGGUCGCCCGUUCAUCCCGCUCUAUUUGCUGCUGUCGAUGGUAGCGGUCGCCUUGAUUUAUGGAACCUCAAUCAGGAUACCGAAGUACCGACAGCAUCAAUCGUUGUCGAUGGUGCGCCAGCGCUGAAUCGCGUCUCCUGGACACCAUCUGGCCUCCAUGUGACCAUCGGCGAUGAGUCCGGCAAGCUCUAUGUCUACGAUGUCGCUGAGCAUCUGGCGCUGCCGUCGCGCGAUGAAUGGUCCCGAUUCAAUGCUACCCUCAACGAGCUCAAGAUGAAUCAGAACGACGAGGUCUAAUCCCAACGUUUACAGAAUUACAGAACAGAGCACGUUUUCGUCUAAGCAAAAAUCGUUGGUGUGCAUUGCCAAAGGAUGUGGGUGGGGGGCGUAUACUUAUAUAUAUAUAUAUAUAUAUAUAUAUCUAUACAUAUUUAUAUAUAUAUAUAUAAAUGUGCUCCAAUUUUCCAUUGAUUGUGUUAAGAGCUUGGCUUUAAUUUUGUACGCGUUGUAAUUCAACUCGUUUUCUAUCAUUUUUUUUUUUAUUAUUUUAUCAAAGGCUACCGCUUUCCACCCAUAUUCCACCCAUAUUCCGCAAUGCGACCAAGCUAAGAGCUUAAAAGAGCUUUUUGGUUUAUUCCUACUCCCGCCACGCCCCCGCCCCCUCCUCCACAACGUAUUCAAGUUAAGUUCAUCAAAUGAAGUUACACUGAGAAAAACAAAAACCAAAAUAUGUAUACAUAUGUAUGCGAUAUAUGCUUUAAACGAUUUUGGUUUAAAUGCGAAACGUUCUUUUCAAGCUCUCCGCCUAAAAAUCAUUGGUAUUUGUAAUUUAUUUGAUAUAUAUAUAUAUAUAUAUUCAUAUAUUCUUAAUAUGUUUAGAACUGAUUUCAUGGCUUUCGGUUCUGAUUGAUUUUGCCCCCACGAGCUGUGUAUAAAAGGAGAAAAUUCAAGAAAAUGGCAAACAAUACUUAUUUGCGCAAUGAUUUAUAUAAUAUGCAACAACAACAAAAUGAUACAAAUAUAUAUAUAUUACAUAUACAUAUAUAACGCGAUAUUUACAAACGCGUGCAUGAAGCGAACAAGUUGAGAAUCAGAAGAAUGACAAAACUGUAAUUGAAUUGUAGUAUAUUAAUAACUCAUGCAAGCGACAACAACAACAAUAAAA